AUGACAGAAUGACACUCACACACAGGCACUUUCUCGCUUUCUCCCCAUUGCUGAAGCCAGAUUAGAGAGUAGCCAAGUGCCAGCGGGGGGGCAGGCACACGCAAGGGCAGAGAGCCCCUUGCUUAGGAACUGGCUGUGAUGUUAUUGGCUCCCCAGCUGCUGUUUAGAGCAGGAGCACUUGGAGGAUUUCACUCUCCUCAGCCCGCCCACCGCCCAAGACAGUGCACGGAGGCAGAGAGAGAGAGAGAGAGAGAGAGAAAGAGAUGAAUCCACAUGCGCCGAUAGAGACUGCUCCAGUUUAACUGGCACAGGGCAAAGAAAAUCAGAAAGGAAUCUGGCCAAGGAGGGAAAAGCCUCAGGACAAUGAAUGAGACGAUCAUUCUUCACUACUUUAUCGAGGAACUGGAUGCUAACUGCAGCUUCUGGGAUGUGUUUCAGGAUGGACUUGAUGGUCCCUUCUGCAAUGCCACUACUGAUCAGAUUGGGACUUGCUGGCCACGGACCAGUGCUGGGGAACUGGUAGAAAGACCUUGCCCGGAGUACGUCAAUGGGGUCAAAUACAACACCACAAGAAAUGCUUACCGAGAGUGCAUGGGGAACGGGACCUGGGCCUUCAAAGUCAACUACUCGCAGUGCGAGCCUAUUCUCAUCCAUGAGACGGGGCCUGUUCUGCAUUACAAAGUGGCGAUAAUCAUCAACUACCUGGGGCACUGCAUAUCCAUGGGGGCUCUUAUUGUAGCAUUCUUGCUCUUCCUGUGCUUGAGGAGCAUCCGAUGCCUUCGGAAUAUUAUCCACUGGAAUCUGAUCACGACAUUCAUCCUGCGGAACAUGAUGUGGUUUCUGCUCCAGUUGAUUGACCACAACAUCCAUGAAAGCAAUGAGAUCUGGUGCCGGUGCAUGACCACCAUCUUCAACUAUUUUGUGGUGACCAAUUUCUUCUGGAUGUUUGUGGAAGGCUGCUAUCUGCAUACGGCCAUCGUGAUGACUUAUUCGACAGACAAGCUGAGGAAAUGGGUCUUCCUCUUCAUAGGAUGGUGUAUCCCUUGCCCCAUCAUUAUUGCCUGGGCCAUCUGCAAACACUACUAUGAAAAUGAACAAUGCUGGUUUGGAAAGGAACCAGGAAAGUAUAUAGACUACAUCUAUCAAGGACCAGUGAUUCUUGUUCUACUGAUAAAUUUUGUAUUUCUGUUUAACAUAGUUAGGAUUUUAAUGACGAAACUGAGAGCUUCAACCACUUCAGAAACAAUACAGUACAGGAAGGCAGUCAAAGCGACCUUAGUUCUCCUGCCUCUUCUGGGGAUUACCUAUAUGCUCUUCUUUGUCAAUCCCGGGGAAGACGACAUUUCCCAGAUAUUUUUCAUCUACUUCAAUUCUUUCUUGCAGUCUUUUCAGGGCUUUUUUGUGUCCGUCUUUUACUGCUUCUUAAAUGGUGAGGUACGUUCCGCCGCCAGGAAAAGAUGGCACCGUUGGCAGGACCACCACUCCCUGCGGGUACGGGUUGCCCGGGCGAUGUCCAUUCCCACUUCUCCGACAAGGAUUAGCUUUCACAGUAUAAAACAGUCUGCGGCCGUGUGACCAGGCCCACCCUUUCACCAGCUGCCUGCGGAGUUCCGUUCUCCCCUCCCUCUCUCCUUCCCCCCGUUUUUAAUUCUCACAAUGAGACAGCUCUUAUGUCUUUGUGGCCUCCUUUCUGUUUCAAUGCUGCUUUCUGAGGCAAGUGGUCCAAAAUGUCAUGGUCGGAAAAGGUGCAAUGAAUCCAGAAGGAUGAGCAUCAGCAAAGGACGGUCCAUUGGCUAGACAUCUUCCCGCAUUCCCAGUAUUUUAACUACCUUUCUGAAAAAGAAGUAGGAAAAAAUGGCCUCUUCACUCCUGUUUAAUUAUUACAGAAAACUACCCUGGACACAAUUUCCGAUGGUUUCAUCGUUUGCUAGAGCUUGUCCCUCCCUCCACCCCAGUUGAAUAAGGGUUUUCCAACACCCCAGAUGUAUCCCUUGGUACUACAGAGUGCCAUGUUUGCACAACAUAUUCAGGGUGUGUUUUAUAACUGCAAAACAAUCUUAUGUGGGUUUAAUUUUCUCCUUCUCUUUCCCUCCCUAUUCCUUUCUGACUCCACCCCCCCCACACGCUCUACAGGAUCCCCACUGGGACAAACUUCCAAACAACAAAACACAAAAGGUUACUAAAUGGAAUACAGCAGGGGGAGAGAACUUGCACGCAGAGCGAAGCAGGAUCAUAGUUGUGGGCCCAACCUGCAAACUCUGUAUGUUCAGUGGAAUAUCUGUGUAGCAUUAGGUACACACAACUGUAUGUGUGACAGAAAAAUAGUGCCCCUCAGUAUCCGCCUCCCCCCACCAGAAAUUCUGCUUGUGUGAGACUGUCUUGUUGUGGGGCUCUUAUGAGGGCAGCAGUCCAAUCGCUGUCAGUAGAAGGGCUUGCACAGCAUGGCAUUUAAAUGCCCUUUCCCUGCCAAGGGCAGGUGGACCAUUCCGAAAAGGCACAAUCAGACUCAGCAGGCCCCCUUGCAGAUCAUGGCAAAUAGCUGCCACCAUGCUGGUGCUCUGAUUCCUUGCCCACAAUCUGGUGACCCAAGCACUGUGGAGCUUCCUGGGAUGCUUCCUUGACAGACCAGGAAGAAGGAAGGGCUCCCCUAACCUGAAACCGGAGAUUGCCAGAUGGCAUUUGGAGGAAUGUCUGCAAUGUGUGAUUAAUGGUUAGAAAAAUUAACCGUGGGUUCGGCAACCUCUAGUUUCACGUUAUGAGUGAAUGCGGCCACCAGGUAGACAUUCCACUAAAUCAGGCCUGCCCAACUUAGCACACACCCCCAGCUAUUUUUGAACUACAACUCCCACAAUCCCCAGCCACAGUGGCCAAUAGCCAAGGAUUAUGGGAGUUGUAGGCCAACAUCUGCAGGAGGGCUGAAGUUGAGCAGCCCUGCACUAAAUGCACACAGGUCACUCCACCAGUGGCGUAGCUUGGUUGAAGAUGACCCAGAUGCACACUUCAGGGGACUUUGCCUCCCCUUUGCUUGCUGCUUCUCCCACCACCACUUUACUCCCCACUGCUGCAUUCACUUACUGCUUUGCCCCCACCCCCUUCUUCUCCCCCCCCCAUGCCAGGGUUCCUCUCCAUCCCCCCGAUGCCGCUUUUCUCAUCGCAUCUUCCCCCAGCCACAUUGGUUCACCCCAAUUGCUUGCUGCUUCUCCCCCCUUCACUCACCGCUUCUUCCACACACACACACCCCACUCACAGGGUUCUUUUUCUCCCCCAUGCCGCUUUGCUCACCACUUCCUCCCCCACCUGCUCACCAAGCUUUUGUUUGUUUCCUGCUGUGGCAUGGAGUUGGGGUAAGCAAGCAGCAGUGGGAGUGAGUAAUAUAGGGGUUGGGGGAGGCAGCAGGGUGGCCCUCUAGGGCCCUCCAGUGCAUGUUCAUUGGACAUGCAUGCCCAGUUGUGUCAAUGUCCCUGCACCCCACUAUGUGUGUUCACUAAUCAGAACAGGGCUACCUCUGAUCCCGCAUCAAUAGUGUGAUUCUUUUUUCUCUGUACAGCUUUGUUUUGAUCAGAUACCAUCCUCCCAUUUACUGAGGUUUGUUAAAUAAAGGUAUCUCUACCUUGGGCUGUGCACAGAGCAAAUUCCAGUUUGUUUCAGUCCGACACCAUUUAAUUUAGACGUGACUGUCCUCCCUUUACAUCCCUGUUUAAUUCAUUUGUGGAACAAUGACAUCCUGAAAGAAAAAGGGGGGAAAGACUCCACUCCCAGUUUGUAGAAGUUUCCUCUUCUGGUCGCCCGAAGGUGAAUCUUGCUCACCACAGGCGAGUAGGCAAGUUGCAAUUUACAAGCCUACUCUGGUGUACAAGACAAAGUGGAUGUGAGACACGGAAAUGGCAUACAUACCUUCUCCAUUGUUCCCACUGGUGGAAAACAGCCUUUUGGACAAGAAUUUGCCUUCCCCAUCACAUUCUGGUCCUGCUGGCAAAGGGCCAUCUCUGUAGUCCUUGUGGAGCUCUCUCCAAAUGUUCCAUUUUCAUCUCUGCGUCUCCAAUGAGCUUUGAAAGGAUACCUCUCACUUGCAUCUGGAACUGUCUUUGCUUUCACCUGAAAAGAGGACAAUGGAGGGGUUUUCUUGACAUUUUUUUGCCGGAGCCUCAAAAAUAAGAUUUUCUAAGAAGGGAAACUUUGCAAAAUGAUUCAGUGCUAAUGAUGGGGUGCCACUACGAGGACUGCACUGCACAGAAGGUGUCUAAUGUGUAUUGUGCAAUGGUGCAUACUUUCUGCUGGGCUUUUUUAGGUGGCAUGGAGAAAUACUGUACAUAUUUUCCAUAAUAAAGAUUUCUUCUGUUUUGGUUUCUUUUGA